UUCCGACACCUUUGGCGCUAAACGCGCGCUGUACAAACUACCUUCUCAUUAGCAUUGUUGUGUGCGGGAUCGACCAAUGAAUGCGCUCGUUAUUCUUUGAGUUUAUAGUUUUUUUUCAGGCAGCACUUGUUAAGUAAACAGAGGGAAAGGUGAGAGUUCUGUGCCGGCGACACGCGACCGAACUCAUUCGCUAAUUAGCAGUCUUAGCGAGAACAACCGAGUCAUCGUCACUAGAGUUCGAAGUAUAUACUUAGCACCAUCACACUUGGGGGACAUCUUGAUUUAUGGUCUUCACAACCAUGAACCAGAGGCAAGAAAGCGCAGAGAUGCUACUGUCAUCAAAAGCCGCUGCCUUUUCCAUCGCAAACCUCCUGACGGACAGCGCCAACAAAGUUGACAGAACUUCGCGAAUUUACUGGAGAAAAGAGCAGAGCAAGAACGAAGGGAAAGACCUCGUAAAACUAAGUGACCGUCCUUACAAAGAUCUCAUCGCGUUAGACUCAUGUACUUCGUAUCUCUCAAGAAAACAUCCCACUCAGGAACUACAAACAGGUUACUCGAUCAAGAAGAUCCUAGAAAAAUCUGAAUCUCCAGUUAAGAGAACAGAAUCUGAACUUGGCCCAUUACAACAGUUCGCGGCUUGUUGCGACCUUGUCCGCAAUAUGGACGUGCUACGCGGUGAACUCGCGUACAAGGGAGACCCUAGACUUGUCACUGCACCCAGGGAAGUACAAGUGGCCCUGCAGCAGAGCGAGCUGUGGUGGAAGUUCUACGCCUGCGGUACUGAAAUGGUGAUAACACGCACAGGAAGACGGAUGUUCCCGACGCUCGCGCUGUCGUUCCUAGGGAUGGAUCCUCGCAGGUACUACUCCGUUCAUGUCGACCUGACGCCCAUGGACGGAUACAGCUACACAUUCGCUAACAAUGCCUGGCAAGUAAGCGCCAUGGCGAGCGAGGUUAGCCAUCUGCCUUAUGUACAGUCCUACCGGGCCGAAGACACUGUGCACACGGGCUUGUAUUGGAUGAAGAACGGCGUGGACUUUAAGAAGAUUCGAUUGACGAACCGAAGAACUGGGUCUUUCAAAGAAGGCGAGCUUCAUUUAAGCCCUAACAGAAAGUACCAACCGAGAAUCCACAUAGUCGAAGAGACGGAGGAAGGAGUUAAAGUUUCUUGCUCAACUUACGUAUUCCCCGAGACAGCUUUUAUCGCAGUCACUACAUAUCAAAACGAAGAGCUGAUUCAACUUAAGAUCGAUCACAACCCGUUUGCCAAAGGCUUCCGCGACAAAGGGACAAGACGAAGAUUCACUCCAUACGAACAUAGAUCACACAGUCAUUACAGCUCAAGCGACAAUGCCUAAUAUGGGCAACAUUACCUUAUGAGGUGAUAUCUUGGAAAGCAGAAGUGCCAUUAAAAGGAAGGGUGAAUCCAUAUAUGGCGAAUGGCCAUACAAGACCUCGCUGAAAGGUCGCUAAGGCAGAGCAAAGCUUUGCGAGCGUCCUCCAUGACAGACGUUUACAUGAAACCCGGGAUGCGAAGGGAGAUCCAACAGAAAUACGUGGAACUAGAAUACACAUUAAACAUAUCAUACUAGCUCAUUCUGAGUUCCCUUCCCACAAUAAAACUUUUUAAAGAGCCUUUGUCAACCGCACCUUUGUUGCUGUUUUUAACAAACGUUGGAAGACAAAAUAUAAGAAGAAACCACCAUCAAAAAAUAACAUCGUAUGCUUUAUUUACCGAAUUCAGUCGAAAACACCGCAAUUAACCCAAAUCACAAGGUAAAUGGAUGUACUCUCGCACACAAGGAGGAAAUUUGUUAGGAUGAUGGCAAAUUGGCGGCUGGCAGAGUCUCUUUAAAGAGUGAGACACAUUUACGUAGUUACUUCAACAUGGAAGGAACAAUGUUAGUUACCAAAAAAAGAUAUCUAAAAAAAUUCCUAAGUUUUGGUCGUGAGACAUUAGUAUAAUUUGUACUUUAAAAGUCAAAAUCAUAAAAAAACGACAUCAACAUGAUCAUUAUUAUAUGAUUAUUA